ACACACACACACACACACUCGCUCGCUCGCUCACACACUCACUUUACCCAGCGCCAACAGCCAAAGAAACUAAUGCUGCCCUCUUUACCAGCGUUUGAGUUUUUAAAACUAUGCCUUGAUGCGACUUAGUUACCCCGCUGGAGUUCGGAAAGUGGGAGAAGUGAAAAGGGAAAGUUGGGAAGUAAUCGGGGGAAGUUUUUCGCUAUUCCCGUGCAGGAGCGCAUCGAGCCAUAAUGGCGAGUCGUGCGCGGACAGGAUCUCGAUUCUCUCUCGCGGCGUGGAGCACACACUCCCGAUCAUACUGGAAUAACCUGGAGAUUUCAAAGUGGAGCCUUGUCGCCCUGUUGCUGGUUGUUUGUGGUGGAUCUUGUGGUGCGGAUAGUGAGUUUUCGAUCCUGGAAGAGGCUCAAGUUUUGGCAGUGCAGAUGAAGAAGCUGUCUACUCAGGAGCUGGGUGUUCUCACAAUGCAGAGAAUCUUCAACUCCUUUGUGUACACGGAGAAGACUUCUAAUGGUGAAACAGAGGUGCAGCAGCUAGCAAAAAAGAUCCGUGAGAAGUUUAACCGGUACCUGGAUGUGGUGAACAGGAACAAGCAGGUGGUGGAAGCCUCUUACACGGCCCAUCUCACCUCCCCUCUAACAGCCAUCCAGGACUGCUGCACCAUCCCCCCCUCCAUGAUGGAACCAGUGCUGGCAGACAACCUCAAGUCCAAUCCAGGGAUCAAGUGGCAGUACUUCAGCUCAGAGGAGGGAAUUUUCACUGUGUUUCCUGCUCACAAGUUUCACUGCAAGGGCACAUUCGAGCACAGGAGCAGGCCUGUGUAUGUUUCGGCAGUAAGGCCGCAGUCGAAACAUAUUGUAGUGAUCAUAGACCAUGGUGCCUCCGUCACUGAGACCCAACUCCAGAUCGCCCGCGACGCUGCGCUAAUCAUCCUCAACUCCAUCGAUGAACAUGAUAAAAUCUCAGUGUUGACCAUAGCAGAUACUGUUCGUUCCUGCUCUCUGGAUCAGUGCUACAAGAGCUUCCUCUCACCUGCUACCAGCGAGACAAAGAGGAAGAUGAGCAUCUUCAUCAACAACAUUAAAGUGUCUGACAGCUCUACCCAGCAUGCACUGGGCUUCCAGAAAGCCUUUCAGUUGUUGAGGAACACAAGCAACGUCACUAGACAGCCGACUAACACGGACAUGGUGAUAAUCUACCUGUCAUCAGGCGUCACCUCCCGAGACUCAUCCGAGCACGAAAAGAGAGCAACCCUGAGCGUGGUCAAAGAGGAGAACCGCCACCUCAACAACUCUGUCAUGAUCCUCACCUACGCUCUCAUGAACGAAGGAGUAACGGGACUCAAGGAGCUGGCCUUCUUGCGAGACCUGGCCGAGCAGAACUCUCUUAAGUAUGGGGUUCCGGAUCGUUCUGCCCUGCCCGUCGUGAAGGGCAGUAUGAUGGUUUUGAACCAGCUCAGUAACCUGGAGACCACUGUGGGCCGCUUCUACAUCAACCUCCCCAAUCGAAUGAUCGACGUGGCCUCCUUCAGCUUGCCUUAUGCGGACCAGAUGGGAGACGGUUUCAUCAUGACCGUCAGCCGGCCAUGCUACUUUGGGAACUUGUUGCUGGGUGUAGUUGGAGUGGAUGUGAAUCUGGCAUACAUACUGGAGGACGUGACCUACUACCAGGACUCCCUGGCCUCAUAUACAUUCCUCAUAGACAAUAAAGGCUACACGCUCAUGCAUCCGUCACUCACCCGUCCUUACCUGAUGACAGAAGCUCCCCUCCAUACAGACAUCAUCCACUAUGAGAACAUCCCAGGGUUUGCUGCUGUGCGUCAAAAUAUCCUCAGUCUGCCUCUGGGUAGCCAGGUCAUUGCUGUGCCUGUCAACUCCUCUCUGUCUUGGCACAUGAAUCGCCUACGUGAUCCCAGUCGAGAUGCCUACAAUGUCAGCUACGCUUGGAAAUUGGUUCAGGACACUUCGUUUAUCUUGUGUAUAGUUUACGUUCAGCCGGAGAUCCCGGUGAAGCAACUGAAAAAUAUGAACACGGCCCCUAGCAGCAAACUCCUGUACCACCGCCUGGAUCUGCUGGGGCAGCCCAGCUCCUGCCUCCACUUUAAACAGCUCGCUACAGUCGAGAGUCCCACAGUGAUGUUGUCUGCUGGUAGUUUCUCCUCUCCAUAUGAGCACUUGAGUCAGCCAGAGACCAAGCGCAUGGUGGAGCACUACACGGCUUACCUGAGUGACAACACCCGGCUCAUAGCCAACCCAGGCCUGAAGUCUUCUGUGAGAAAUGAGGUGAUGGCCACCAGUCACGUGACAGAUGAAUGGAUGAGUCUUAUGGAGAUGAGCAGCCUCAACUGCUACAUUGUGAGGCGUUACAUAGCAACGCCCAAUGGGGUGCUGCGGAUUUACCCCGGUUCGCUCAUGGACAAAGCCUUCGAUCCCAACAGGAGGCAAUGGUACCUACAUGCUGUAGCCAAUCCUGGUCUCAUCACUUUUACUGGACCCUACCUGGAUGUUGGUGGGGCGGGUUAUGUGGUCACCAUUAGCCACACCAUCCACGCCUCUAGUUCCCAAAAGGCCUCCGGUUACACAGUAGCGGUUAUGGGCAUAGACUUCACUCUGCGCUACUUCUACAAAGUUCUGUUGGAUCUUCUGCCCAUCUGCAACCAGGACAAGGGCAACAAAAUCCGGUGUUUUAUCAUGGAGGACAGAGGCUAUCUGGUGGCCCAUCCGACUCUGAUUGACCCGAAGGGCCACGCUCCAGCAGAACAGCAACAUAUUACUCAUAAGGAGCCUCUAGUGGCCAAUGACAUUCUCAACCAUCCCAACUUUGUGAAGAAGAACCUGUGUAAUAGUUUCAGUGAUCGUACUGUGCAGCGCUUCUACAAGUUCAACACCAGCAUUGUGGGUGAUCUGACAAACCUUGUGCAUGGCAGUCACUGCUCAAAGUACCGGCUCACUCGUAUCCCAGGAACCAAUGCGUUUGCUGGUAUUGUGAAUGAGACCUGUGAUUCACUGGCCUUCUGUGCUUGCAGUACUGUGGAUCGUCUCUGUCUUAACUGCCACAGUUGCUCCCUCAUGUCUAAGCUAAAUUCAACCUCUAUAUAUGCACGACUUGGAAAGAUGUCUGUCAGGAUGUCCAACUUGGACAACGAGCGAGAUGACAGAGAUGAAGACAGUCACGAAGACAGAGGAAUAAUUAGUAACACUCGAUUCAUUGCUGCUGUUAUUGAGAGGCGCACACACAGUCCAGAACGACGACGGAGAUACUGGGGGCGGUCAGGGACCGAAAGUGACCAUGGUUACAGCACCAUGAGCCCUCAGGAGGACAGCGAGAACCCGCCCUGCAACAAUGAUCCUCUGUCUGCGGGCGUUGAUGUGGGCAAUCAUGACGAGGACCUCGACCUGGACACACCUCCACAGACAGCUGCUCUUCUCAGCCACAAGUUCCACCCCUAUCGGCACCCCCACACACACCACCCCCUGCACUUGCACACGCAUCAUCUCCAGGCUGCCGUCACCGUGCACAGUGUGGAUGCCGAGUGCUGAUCCUGCCCACCCCUGACCCCAAACCAACCGCCAACCCUGCCUUUGAUGCCACUUCUAACUUCAGCCACCUCCUCCAUUCAGGCCCUGCAUCCUCCAAAACCAAGGAGAGAACCUUAACUCCCAACUCUCCCUAGGCAUCUGCUGAUGGCGGUCAGAGGUGUUGUGUGCAUGUCGACCAUGGGGGCGAACAUUUGACCUCUGUAGAGGUCAUUAAGGAGUGCAUUUGGCAGAUGCAUACAAUACAAAGCUCCUUAUGUUUUUU